AUGAGAGGUCCAGUUGUUUUGCCUUGUCUCAUCUUCAAGUUUACUAUCCUGCUUCUUCUUAUUCUUGCUCCACUUAUCGGAGCUGCACAGACCUGGAACACUGACAUUCCAUGUCGUAAAACCAUGGUCCGAGACAAAUUUGACAACCUCGGCUUCUCGGACAACCAGGGGAUAUCAAUUGGCUGCUGGCCACACCCACCCCUCGUUAACAUUAAGAAAAACUCCGAUGAUGUCGAUAGUGUCGAUGAUGUGGAUGAUGUGGAUGGUGUGGACGGCGUCCUCUUUCAUCACACUUUGGCCGCCUUAGACACCUGCUGCCCAGUAACAGGCCUCGAAGGAACUGCCGCAAAUGUGGAAAGUAAAAGUCUGGAGGUGGGGGUCGCGGGAGCAAGGAUGAUGUCAGAGCAGACCGGGGCAUACCAUAUAGGGCGUACCAAGUGUACUCGUCACUAUUUGAACGAGGAUGAAGCUCGGCAAAAUCUAGGUCAGGAGAACGUUAUGAUCGGAUUCACAGAGCUCUUUCACGGCCAGUACAAAUAUUCAGUAAUCUCCGGAUCAAGCCACACUUCCACCAAUGAGUCGGAGUUUAUCUCGAUGGUAUACUCUCCAGGUGGGUGCCCGUGA